UAUAUAUAUAUACAUAAAGAAUUUAAAUAUGAGCCAGGCGUCAUCGAGUGCAUUCAAUACACAGCGUAAUCGAUAUUAUAAUCCCGUCUCCCGGAUACAAUCGUUGAUUCAAAAUCUGGAUGCUGAACUGAUAACGUUAUGUAAGCAAUGUUCGAUGCCAAAGAAUAUAUCGAAUAGCAAUAGCCAAUACGAUGAUAUCAUAUCGCAUCAAGCGGGCAGUCCUCUCAAGCACACGAGCCUUAACAAUAUAUUGUCACAGGCACGCGCAAACCAAGCGACAAAUUCAUCGGUUGGGCUAGCGCCCGAUGCGCACAAACGUCAAUUGCGCAACACAUAUCGAACGCGUGUUAUCGAUGCCUAUCGCAAUCGUCGGAUAUUUACCGUUUACGGUAAUUAUCAUACGGUCAGGCGAGCGCUAGUUAGACGUGGUUGGCUUGAGAAGUUACCAGCUGGUCGGCAUGCCAAGCUGCAGAACAUGUCGGAGGACUCACUAUUGGAGCAUGCUAGGCGUGGCAAUGAUUAUGAGGCAGUUGUCAUAUCGAAAAUGAUCAAUAAUUUCCCCUCAUUUUUCAUCUGGCAGAGCAAGGCACAACGCGAUUUGUUUCCGGAGGUGAAGCCUUUCCGGAAUCGAGUCAGGCGUAGCCAAUUUUUAGAUUUCUCCACCAAAGUUGGCUUAGUCGGUUGUGCUGAGCAGGAGCGUUGGUUUCGCGAAGACGGUGUCUGUGGCAUGAGCUAUCCGCGUUUUUAUCGCUUGGGCGCCAACAGUAUGGAGGAGCGUGCAGCAUUCAUAGAAGAUUAUCAUCAGACGCAGGCGCGCUGUUUGCUACGGUACAUCAAGGAGCACCGUCCAGCCGAUAUGGUCGAUAUGGAAGCUGGCGCUGUGCUGAGCAAUACAAUAGACUUUGCACUAAACAAAGUGAAGGCUAUGAUCAGACAGAAGGAGCAUUACUCAUUGGAUGAUGCGCGUAUUAAGCUGCCAACGCCAACUGAAAUGAUCGAGAAUCAAUCGUUUAUGGUACAGUCUUCGAAGGUGCUCCACCACGGCUCCAAGUUCAAAAUCAACGAGAAGGUCAUGGCGGAAUAUUCGCGUCUUGCUGCCCAAUAUCUGGAUCAAAUUGAAUCGCUUCGGCUCGACUAUCGCUGGGAUGGGUGUCGUAAUUUAUGGAUUUUGAAACCUGGCUAUCAAUCGCGCGGUAUAGGAAUUGUCAUACGCAGCUCCCUGGACGACAUCUUGCAAUGGACAUCCAACAAUCAAAACCGCAAAUAUAUCGUCCAAAAGUAUAUAGAACGUCCAUUUUUAAUCUAUCGCACCAAAUUUGAUAUACGGCAGUAUAUGCUGCUCACGAUCAGCGAUACGCAGGUCACGAUUUGGACAUAUCGCGAUUGCUAUUUGAGGUUUAGCUCCCAGGAGUUCACAAUGGAUGACCUACGUGAAUCGAUACACCUGACGAACAAUUCAGUGCAGAAACGUUAUAAGAACAAAGUGAAUCGAGAUUCGCGCUUACCGAAGAACAAUAUGUGGUCGCUGGAUCAAUUCAAAUGCCACCUGCGACAUGUUGGUGCACCGGAUGGUACGUGGGCUAAGAUUUACAAUGGCUUCAAGCAAAAUCUGGUUGCUGUGGUCUUGGCCAGCUUAGAUGAGACGGAAUUGGUGCCAAAUGCAUUUGAAUUGUAUGGCUGUGAUUUCAUGCUCGAUGAACAUUUCAAUCCCAUAUUGAUUGAGAUCAAUUCGACGCCUGAUUUAUCGCCCUCAACUGAGGUGACAGCUAGGAUAUGUCCAUUGGCCUUGAAGGACUGUAUACGUGUCGUCUUGGAUGUGCCCCGGAGUCCCCUGGCCGCAACGGGUCUAUUCGAACGUGCCUUUCAGGUCAACUACAAUGUGCACAAGGAGAUGGAUGGGACACGGCCAUUAGAGCUCAAUGGCACCCAAAUGAAGCUGCUUGACGCUUUGCCAAAGCUACGAAAUAGUCCAAGGACACGGCUGCUGCGCAAAUUUUUAAACAAUGUCCGAACAUCGACUAGCAGCAAAUUUGUCAAGGACAAAAACAAAAAUGCCUCGAAUACGCCAGCCAAAGUGAUUGUGGGCAAAGUGGGCACCAAAAAGCUGACUCAAGUGGGCUCGAGGAUGCUCAGUGCAAAUGCCAAAACAACGCUGAAUUCCAAGGCACGUGAAAAUUUGGCGUUGCAAUACACGGCACCCAAAUGAGAUGGGAAGGGUCUGGUACGUAGAUGCACAGCUCUCGACUGUUACUUACGGCGACUAACCUCUAAAUAUGUGUGUAAAUAUAUCCCCGGAUAGCGCUGUAUUUACAGUGUCCAUAGCCAUGUGUAACUUAACUUUGCCGCAAUCAAUCGAA